AAAGCCGUGUUGGCAAUGGAGAACCAGGCCAGCGAACCCCCGCCAGCGUUUAUACCGGUGCCGGCAGUGCCUGCCUUUCAGGAUUAUAGCACCUACAGCCAGGCUGGUGCCCAGCAGAGCUACAGUGCUUAUACUGCCCAGCCAGCUCAAGGAUACACACAGACUGCUCAGGCAACCUAUGGACAGCCGGGUUAUGGCACUUAUGGGCAACCUACUGAUGCCAGUUACACGCAGGCACAAACCACUGCCACUUAUGGUCAGUCAGCCUAUGCUACUGCUUAUGCACAGCCUCCUGCUGGCUAUACUGCUCCAGCAGCACCCCAGGCCUAUAGCCAGCCUAUACAAGGAUACGGAACAAGUUAUGACAGCAGUACUGCAACUACUGCCACUACCCAGGCUGCAUAUGCUGCGCCCACUGCUUAUGGUGCUCAGCCAGCAUACCCUUCUUAUGGACAGCAACCUGCAACCACUGCUCCAGCAAGACCUCAAGAUGGAAGCAAGCCAGCAGAUACAAGCCAACCUCCACCAAGUACAGCCGCAUAUGCACAGCCCAGUGUGGGCUACAGUCAAAGCAGCUACAGCUAUCCCCAGGUCCCAGCCAGCUACCCUAUGCAACAAGUGACUGCGCCACCAUCUUACCCACCAACUAGUUAUUCCACAUCGCAGCCUUCCAGUUAUGAUCAGAGUUCCUAUUCCCAGCCAAGCUCUUACACUCAACAGAGCAGCUAUGGGCAGCAGAGUUCCUACUCACAGCCGAGUAGCUAUGGCCAACCAAGCAGUUAUGGGCAACAAGGUGGUUAUGGCCAACAGAGCAGUUACCAGCAGCAACAGCAGCAGCCACCUCAACAGCCACCUCCUACAAGCUAUCCACCACCUUCGUCCUCUUAUGGCAGCCAACCACCCAGCCAGUAUGGGCAGCAGAGCAGUGGCUAUAGCCAGCAAAGUAGUUAUCGUCAAGACCACUCAAAUAACAAAGGCUCUUAUGGUCAGGAACCCCACCAAGGUUAUUCUGGUCCUGAAGGCCGCAACUCUGGAGGCUCGGAUUCCCGCGGUAGGGGCCGGGGCAUGUAUGACAGAGGUGGCAUGAACCGUGGCGGUAGGGGAGGCCGCGGAGGCAUGGGCAGCGGUGGAGAUCGAGCUGGCUUCAGUAAGCCUGGUGGACUUCUGGAUGAUGGUCCUGAACCUGACUUCGUACCCCCUAUGGAACCAGAAGAGGAACCGGAGAACACUACGAUUUACAUGCAGGGUCUGAAUGAAAAUGUGACUGUUGAAGAGUUGGUGGAGUUCUUUAAAAACUGUGGGGAGGCCAAGAUCAACAAAAGAACUGGGCAGCCACUAGUAAACAUUUUUACGGACAAGGAAACUGGAAAACCAAAGGGUGAUGGAACAUUUUCAUUUGAAGACAUGCCUUCAGCUAAAAGUGCUGUGGAACUAUGUGAUGGAAAAGAAUUUCAAGGAAAUAAACUGAAAGUGUCUUUGGCUCGGAAGAAGGCUCCAACUAGCAUGAGGGGUGGAUUAUUGCCACGUGAUGGUCGUGGGGGUGGACCCCCACUUCUUAGGGGAGGUCCCAUGCCAAGAAUGGUUGGCAGAGGAGGGGACCGUGGUGGAUUUAUGCGAGGAGGGCCACGUGGUGGUCCGCGUGGCAGCCCUGUCAGUGGGCCCAAUGUGCAGCACAGAGCUGGAGACUGGCAGUGUCCAAACCCUGGUUGUGGUAAUCAGAACUUUGCCUGGCGAACAGAGUGUAAUCAGUGUAAGGCUCCAAAACCUGAAGGCUUCUGUCCUCCUCCAUUCCCACCCCCAGGUAACGAAAGAGGUAGAGGCGGUCCUGGCAUGAGAGGAGGCAGAGGUUUGAUGGACCGUGGUGGCCCUGGUAUGUUUAGAGGUGGACGAGGAGGAGACAGGGGAGGCUUUAGAGGUCGUGGAAUGGACCGAGGAUUUGGUGGAGGAAGGAGAGGUGGACCACCUGGUCCCCCAGGACCUCUCUUGGAGCCAAUGGGAGGAAGAGGUGGUGGUGGAAGACGUGGUGGCCCUGGCAAGAUGGAUAAGGGUGACCAUCGCCAGGAGCGCAGGGAGAGACCCUACUAGAAGUUGAAAGCCUCCUUUACUCAAGAUUUAUUUUUUAAGCCAGAAAUGUUUUAAAUUUAUAAUUCCAUAUUUAUAAUGCUAGCAUGGAGUUCCUCCAUUGUUACAUUAUGACUAUUCUUUGUCUGUACCUUAGUAUUCACAACUUGUGGAGAUAUUAAAAUGAAAAUUUAACGGUAGUACCAAUGUUUGUUUUUUGUUUUUGUUUUUUUUAAUUAAGAAUCCAUUUCUUUGCAGGCUCUUCAGUGUGUAAAUUGUAAACAAGGUUUUGCUGAAGUGGUUUUGUCAGCACUUAGCAUUGUGGUAAAAUAUAUGGCUGGAGGGAGUGUAGUGUGCCCAUGAAGAUCUAUUGUACUUUCUAAGCUUGUUCUAAUGUGUUGGGCCUUUUUUGCGGGUCUCUUCAUUUGCAGUUUGAGUCCAACAAGGUCGGUGAUCUUGUUUUAAAAUUUCCUGCAAGAUGACUGAAGAGAAGUCAUGAAUGUUUUAUAUUCUAACCUGUACAAGUUUUGUUGACAUCCACAUUACAAUAAAAACCUGCAAACCAA